UUCUGCCAGCAAUGGCCCCAAGCAGGAAGAUGCUGUAUUUUGUCUUUGUCUUUUUCUUCAUUUUGGCUCAAUGUCCAUCAGGGUCCUGGGCAGGACUCGAGUAUUCCCAGCCCUUCCCUGGAGGUGAGUUUUCUGCGUGUGAGCCAUGCAAGCUGGGGCGGGGCAAGUGCAGGCGGAUGUGCACUGAGGAUGAGAAGGUGGUCGGAAGUUGCAAGCUGAACUUCUUCUGCUGCCGACGGAGGGUCCAGUAAGCCAGACCGGCGCUCACCGGCCUCUGCAGCAGUCCUGGCUCCUCAGAGAAGGUCAGGAAGUGAUGUGGCUUAACAGUCAUGCAGUGCGCUUGACUCAAGGCCC